AAAAGAAACAGUUAAAAAAGAGGAGAGCACCCGCCCACCACCACCCCUCUUAACAGCGCGGGUCGCUACUAAACUUACAGUACAUGGUUACAAUACGGACUCUCUCGGACGAGCUACUUGUUAAAGUAUUUGGCUACCUCUCCCCUGUGGAGUUGGUGGGUCAAACCCCUCUAGUCUGCAGGAAAUGGAGGAACCUCUCCUACGACUCUAAAGUAUGGGACACCUUGGAUCUUCACCAUCAUCACGAGGUAUCUGAGAACCAGCUCAGGAGAAUAGUGUGGCUUCACUGCUCCACAAGGAAACUAAUUCUCAGAUACAGGAGGGACUUGAGUGAGAGAAGCAUGAUUUGGUGCGUGUUUCAUCUCAAGAACCUGAGAGCGCUGGAUCUGAGCCAUUGUCCACAGGUUAAUUCCAGAAUUGUUAGUACCAUUGUCCAAUUCUGUAAGAAACUGAGACAUCUCAAUGUGAACGGGUGUACUGGAUUCGAUAACGAGUGUGUUCUCAUUCUAACAGGAUGCAGGAAAUUGAGACAUCUGAAUUUCUCGGAGUGUGAGACUGUUACAGAUUUCGGAGUAAACGCUAUGACAUCCUUUCUACCAAAACUUAAUUCAGUUCUAUGUGAUGGAGUGUUGUCUUUACAUGACGAAGUUAUUGAGAUGAUAGUUACUAAAAAGUGCAACACGAUUACAGAUCUUCAGCUCGAUGGGGGCAAUUUGACUGACGAGGGUGUCGAGAUGUUAUCUGAGCUACGGUAUCUACGAAGACUGCGUAUUCAGUACUGUGACAAUCUAACUGACGACGCUAUCCUUGACUUCCACAGUCUCCUAUACUUAGAAGAGUUGUCUCUGACUCGAGCUCAUUCCUUCUCCACUACCGGGUUUGUUGGAGCCUUCUCCAGACCUCAUCAUUUCAUGAGAAUAGUGGAAAUCACCGAGUGCAGCGGGCUGGACGAUGUGAGUCUGACAGCUAUUGGUAGGAGUUGUCCCAACCUAACUGAUCUGAACAUUUCCUGGUGCAGGAAUGUUACGGACGAUGGUAUGAUCUGCUUCUUGGAGAGAGUCUCUCAACUUCAGGUACUAAAACUACAGAGCGUCCCAAAGUUGUGUGACUUGGUGGCCCUAAUCCCCCUCUACACCCCCUCCCUAGCCCAUCUGAACGUAAUAUCCUGCUCUCGUAUCCGAGAGGAGGACCUGCUCGCUGUGGCUGCUCAACUACCUGACUUACAGAUCGCUUAUAACAGAGACCUGGGCUGCUCUCCCAAGACCACCAAGAUGUUAAAGUACUUUGAUCUUAUGUCCCCGAGACAGUUUGCUAUGACUAACAGAUUGCACAGGAUGUCAGGGUCAACUUGAACCAUCUCCCGCUCUGUAAUAAUUGUGUGUUCUUCAAAGAACACAGCUUGACUACCUGAAAGACUACCUGGAGCUACAGAGCUACAGUAAAUGUGAUGCAGCAUGGUAUUGGACUUAAGAUAUCGAUGUUUUUUAAAAUCAGGGAAUGACAUAAAGAUUGCUUUUUUGGACAAUUUACUCAUUCCUUCAGACUUGUUAAUGUUUAUACUUCAAUUGACGUUAAACUCUUUUAAAUACUUUUUAUCAUAUUUUUAUUAUUUAUUUAAUUACUUGAACUUAUUUCUUAAUUUUACUUGAUAUACAAUAACAUUGUGUGCGUUACUUAGCAAAACUUACUUGAAUGUUAGAAUUCCGAACUUAAAGUUAAAAGUGUUGCUUCAAAUCUUUUAUCAAAUCUUUUCUUUAAAUUUGAUUUAAUUCCAUAAACAUAUAAAUUGUACCUGUGGUUCAGAAAAUUAUAGUAGUUAUUUAAAAAGUUAAUUAUGUUGUUUUUUCAAACAAAGAA